AUGAAAUUCUAGGUUUUAAAUUCUAUUUAAGUUUGUUAUUAUCCAAAUAAGGAUGCUUUAGUGAGAGAAUUCAACUUAUAAAAAGUCAUAUAGAUAUUGAUGCGAUUUAUUUCUUUUAUAUUGAUAAAUAGGAGCCAAUAAAUCAAUAUUUUUUUUACCAAUAUAGUUGUUCUAAUCGUUAACACUUUAACUUAAUGGAUUUUAAUCUUAGUAUUUCUACUAUUGAAUAGUCUAUUGUUUCUUUUAUAUAGAUACCUGUUCGUUACACUCUUAAGUUAAUGUAUUUGUAAUCUGUAAAUUUGGAUUAUAUUAAAUUUGCAGGUGAAGUUAUUAAUGCUGCCUUUAUAUAGAUUAUAAUAAUUUUAUAUUAGAAAAAAUUGUAAAAUAAAUGCAAUAUCUAUAUAUAACUAGAGUGUUUGA